ACGGACACAGCUAAUUUUACUGACGAAACAAACCAAAGCUGCUACCCUACGUUUAUUUAUGUUUCCGUAACAUUUAAUAGGCGACAUGACGUACUAAGUACUAUCCUGAUAUAUUACUAAGUAAACAGGUAGCGUUUGUCACGUGGUAUUUGCAUUCAGGUUGUCGGGACAGCGCUACAGUCUUUAUAGCUAAGGUUAAAUGCUAAUCACGCAGCAUCCAGCAGGCUGCCGUUAUCAACAGCAUUAGCGACAUGGUGUAAUAUUAGCCAAACCAGGUGUAAGCAGUUACAACAGUUCAGUGUUUCUGGGUGUAGCGGACACGGGCAUCAGGGUGGAGUUCAUUUAGGAUGAUUAUGCAACGCCGGAAUUUGGGGGGAGACAUUCGUGUGUGAAGAUCGCUGCCAGAAGGGCUGGCUGCUGCUCUGUCAGUGAAGUCAUGCAUGACGUGAAGUUUGCAUUGCUCAAGAGAAGCCUGUCCACGCUUCAGUGAGAUAUCGCUGCUUAUUUACCUGCAAAAUGCCUGGAAUGGUGGUGUUUGGUCGGCGCUGGGGGAUAGCCAGCGACGAUCUGGUCUUCCCGGGCUCCUUUGAGCUGUUCGUCCGCGUACUUUGGUGGAUUGGCACCAUGAUCUUGUUCACUUAUCACAAGGGCCACUUUGAUUGUAAUGGGAGAGGAGUUCUUCACAGCUACCUGGUUGGACUGCUGGUUGUGCUGGGACUCAUCAUCCUCUCACUGUGCGCUAUUGUCUACGUCAGUGCUCAAGGCACCAUCACAAACCCCGGCCCGCGGCGCUCUAUGCCUGCGCUGGUGUACCUGCGAGCUGUGCUGUACGUCCCUGAGCUGGUGUGGGCCUGUCUGGGAGCCGUCUGGGUGUCCGAUGAUGGCCGAAGCUGUGAUCCUGCCACAGUGGGUGCUGUCAUUACAGCAGUUGUUGCCAGCUGGAUCAUCCUGCUGUUCACGGCCGUGGGGGUAGUGUUUGUCUUUGACCCGCUAGGAAACCCCCGUCCUCAGCCUCCUGCCAUGGAGCCGCUGGGAGUACGAGACAUGGAGAGCAGUGAGGGCACCCAGUUUCUAUCCACCGCUCGUUCACUGGCUGUCAAAGUGUGGGAGAACAGGCUGCGGCUGCUGUGCUGUUGCCUGCCGCAGGACGAGAGCUACCGGGCAGCGUUUUCCAGCAUCGCUCAGCUCUUCGGCAGCUUCUUCUCUGACACAGAUCUGGUUCCCAGUGAUAUAGCAGCCGGUUUGGCUCUGCUGCACCAGGAGCAGGAUAAGAUGGAGCGAAGCAGAGAUCCAGAGGUCGUAGUCACUCACAGCCCUUCCUCUCCAGUAGGAGAAGAUCUGGAGACAGAGUUGGAGAAAGCCGCCCACUGGAUGCAGUUUGCUGCGGCGGCUUACGGCUGGCCACUGUACAUUUACUCCAACCUCUUUACCGGACCCUGCAAACUCAGUGGAGACUGCUGUAGGAGUCGCACAGCUGAGUACGAAAUUGUCGGAGGCGACCACCUGGGGUGCCAUUUUUCGUCCAUCCUGCAGAGCACUGGUUUGCAGUACAGAGACUUUAUCCACGUCAGCUUCCACAACCAGAUCUAUGAGAUCCCCUUCUUCGUGGCUCUGGAUCAUAAGAGGGAGGCUAUUCUGGUGGCUGUCAGAGGAACUCUUUCACUGAAGGAUGUUCUCACAGACCUGUCUGCUGAAUGUGAGAACCUGCCUACAGAGGGGGUGUCUGGAGCCUGCUACGCCCACAAGGGCAUCAGCCAGGCAGCGGGUUACAUUUACAAGAGGCUGGUCAAUGAUGGCAUCUUGAACCAGGCUUUCUCCAUUGCGCCGGAGUAUAAACUGGUGAUCACCGGUCACAGUCUGGGCGCUGGUGCAGCCUCGCUGCUGGCUAUUCUCUUGCGCAAUUCCUUCCCCGCCCUGCAGUGCUAUGCAUUCUCUCCACCAGGGGGACUCCUAAGUAAAGCCUUAGCUGAUUACUCCAAGGACUUUGUGGUCUCGGUGGUGCUGGGAAAGGAUCUGGUUCCCAGACUGAGCAUUCCAAACAUGGAGGAUCUGAAGAGAAGGAUACUGAAAAUUGUUUCAAACUGCAAUAAACCCAAAUACCGCAUCCUGCUGCGGGGAUGUUGGUAUGAGCUGUUCGGGGGAGACCCAGAUGACGGUCCCACUGAGAUGGACAACAGGAGGGAGCGAGAGCUUAACCAGCCGCUCCUGGGAGAGGAGUCUCUGAUCGUUCGCCACUCAUCCUCCUAUCAGAGCCUGGCCUCAGAUGACUCGCCCGCCCACACACCUGCACACUUGCCUCUCUUCCUGCCCGGACGCAUUCUGCAUAUCACAGAAGAUGGACCAACACGGAGAUCCUGCUUUUCCCAGGUCCGGUACCGUGCAGAUUGGUCCAAUGAAAUGGCAUUCCGGAGUAUUUUGAUCAGCCCCAGGAUGCUGACAGAUCACAUGCCCGACGUCGUGCUCCGAGCUCUCAGCUCUCUGACCGAGGACAAGCCCUUUUCCCUUUGCCCUUCAUCUUUAAGUGACAGCCAGCACAACACUAUCUGAAAAUGUACCAUAGAGACUGAUUGUGUGUGUCUGUGGUCCCGGCCUUUUCAGUGUUUAAACCCACUCCUGAUCAUUUCUCCGUUUGUCUCUGCCUGAGAAAGGACUGCUUCAGGUAAUUCGCUUGGCCUGUAAUCACAGCAUUUCCUCAUAUUUUAGUUCCAAGCCUUAUGAAAUUUCAAAUACUUCAAAUAUACAAACAUUUGGUUGGAGAUUAUGUGAAAGCAUAGCGAUCUGCCAGCUGUGAUCGCCACGAAGGAACUUUACUUGUAAAGAGAAACUGGAGCACAAGCCUUCAUUUAUUCAAUUGCACUUUUAAUUCUAUAUAUCAAAUGAUUUGAUGCAUUUUGACUUUGAAUUACUCCACAAGCAACUGAAUGCCAUGAUCUUUGAAUGUGCGUUGUGUACAGUAUUUGACAGUGCUGCAGUUUUUUACCAUGACGUCAGUGUUCUUGAGUUUUAUGUUUGUGUGAGUGGUGUAUGUCGGUUCAGGCUGCCCCACUCUCGCUGUAUCUUCUCUCUGAAGAGCAAGAGCGGACUGAGGCAGAGUGAUGAUGAGGGCAGCUUUGCCACAGAGACCUACACUAAAAUCACACCUUCGUUGUGUAGUAGUUGCGAUCAGCCUGUCUUGUGUUUAAUGUCUUGAGACAUCAGGUUGAACAGUGCCUAUGCAUUACAGAAAACCAAGGCCAAAAAGACAGCGAUGAGAGCAGCGUGUUUACGAUGAGAUUUUUUUUUUCUCUCUUCAGUGCAGUUUGAAUAGUGCAUGGUGUUUGGCAUACAUGUGAUAGAUGUAAGAGCUAGAAAGAUUGUACUUGUAGUAAUGUGGGAACCUGCCAUGGAUAUUGCAUCUCAUC